AUGAGAAUUUUUAUUAAUCUUCUUGCGGGAUUUCUGAUGAUCAUGCUGACGGGUGGACGGAGUGACUCCCACGGGGUUGUGGGAGCUGGACCAGAGGAGAAAGACACGAACAGUCCUUCAGAUGAAGAAAAUCAGCAAAUCUGUCAAGAGUAUUCACACGACACCUCAGACCCCCGAAAAUUCCGCAGAUGUUACAAACAUUCCGGAAAACACAGAAGACCUCACGGAGCCUUGAAAGGCUACGGAUUCCUCGUCCCUCCAGCUGAAUCUCAAUUCCUGGAGAAGCUGGUGCUCCAGGGAAGGGCAGCGGAAGAGAAGGGCGGCGAGAUCUACGAUCCGAAGAGGAAGAAAACCACGAGUAUCAUGAGUGUGAUAAAAAAAUUCCUCAGGAAAUUCAGACUACGAGGGUCAAGCACUUCCCCGAAACCUGAUGAAACGCCACUAGCAGAUGAGGAAUUAAUUACGGACAGCCGUAUGGAGAGUCCUACGGAGGUGAUACUCCCGGUGUCAGGGGUAUUUUUGAACUCGAGUACAACAAAAAUUCCGGAUUUCGUGGGGCAUGAGGGUGGCCACACAGUUUAUGAGUCUCCGAGUGACGAAAAUCAGGUGAAAAAUUCGGAAAAUUCAGGCACACAGGGUCACAACAUUCACGAGACUUCGAGUGAAGAACAUCAGGGAGACAAUUUGGAACACUCGCCACAGCCUCCAGCUCCGGUUUUGUUCGGUGGGAGACAUGCUACUUUUGAUCUUGAGAUCAAAGCAAUUCCUAUAUUAAAUCGACAACGAGUUGUGCUGAAUGGGAUGAAUUAA